AUGGUUUUUCGUGUGGAUGACAAGUUUCUUAAUUCUGAAUCAGCUUCGGUCACGUUUGAGAUUUAUAACGUUGCAUGGUUACGUGAUCUCCCUAUUGGUACUACGCACCUUAUGAUAAAUAGCUUUUUUCCUCCUCUUUCAUCCAAAAAUCCAACAAUGAGAUCUACUACUCUACAUAUUCGUCGUCCAAGUGGUCAUUUACAAGGGCUUCUUUAUGUUAGUGUUCAAUUGAUUGACACUAACCCUCUAGAAAUUCUCCCUUCUGGAAGUGAAUUAAGCUCUUCUAUAUGUACAAGCCAUGUCUCAUCAAAAGAUGAAAAAAGUAUUAGUGACGAAAAAUUUGAAAGCAUCUCGACUAUUUCCAAAGGUCAUGACACGUUGUACGAAGAAGACAUAACCAAGAAUAUUAAUUACGUGGUGGAGAAUCGCGAGGAGAAUAAAAGUCCAAAAAGGGGAAUAUUGCAACGUUUACGUAGUAAACGAAUAAUGUCUAAUAACAGUUCAGAUUUUUCACCAAAUCAAAAGAUGAGAAGGACACCAACUGUGUCAUUUUGUUCAGGGGUGCAACCUAUACCUUCAAUUGUGGCAGAAGAUAUGAAGAAAGGAUUGUAUCACACAGGGGAAGGAAUAGAAUAUGGAAGUUCUGUAUUCGAGAACUGGACUGUACCAGGUGACAAAGAUGAAGAAAUCCAAUCAAUGCGAUCGAAAAGCUUGACGUGGGGCUCAGAUGAUCAAAUUCAUAUGCAAGAACAUGUUGAAAUUAAGAAGAAAUCGCGACCAAGAAGACAUGAUUCAGAUGGGGGAGGAUUAUUUUCAUGUUUUGGAAAAGCAUAUGGUUUUGAAUUCAAGCUUAUUUGUGGGUCAAGACGCACCAAGAAGAAGAAGAGAGACAUAAAGCUUGAACGCCAGAAGAGUUUUCCUUAUAAUAACAAUUAUGAGGAUAACUUACGCAGGUUUUACAUAUAA